GGCUAACAAAACACAACCUAACAGCGGUGGAAGAGCCCUGAGAGAAACUAACGCAAACUCAGCACGCCUCACAGCGGCCUAACAGCAUGGAGCUGCUCAGUUAUGACGUUUAAAAGGCCUUUUCCUCACCAGCGGGGUUGCAAGGAUGAUGUGGGCGUGACAGCGCCAACCUGGUUGUAACAAUGUACGAGGUGAUGUCUGGUGAGACCCUGGCCUGGAAAGGAGCCAGUCCAAGACAAAGUGGCACAGACACCGGCUCUGAAAGCGAGUUCACUGAGGAGGGAGGACCGGUAAAAAUCCUCAAGGUGUGCUUCUGCACCAACAACAACCUGGGAAAGAACUUCAAGCUGGUGAAAUGUAACAGUGCAUGGAAAAUCCAGGCCAUCAUACGAUCAAUCCUGGUCAGCGGUCGAUUGGGGCCCAACGUUGAACUCUCAAACUGUUACGGUCUUUUAUUGAAGCACUUAAAGUCCGAAGAACUUCACUGGCUGCAUCCAGAUCUGACGGUUGGUGAGGUUGAACAACGCUACGAGAGUCAUCACGUGGAGGCUGAGUGGAGGUAUGACCUUAGGAUCAGAUACAUUCCGGUCAAUUUCCUGGACAGGUUUCAAAAGGACAGAUCCACCUUUCUCUAUUUUUACCAGCAGGUGCGUAGUGACUACAUGCAGUAUCAUGCCAACAAGGUCAGCGAUGGGAUGGCCAUGCAGCUCGGCUGUUUGGAGAUCAGGAGGUUCUAUAAAGACAUGAAUGCAAAAGGCCUUGAAAAGAAAUCUAACUUUGAACUGCUAGAAAAAGAAGUCGGCCUGGACCUUUUUUUCCCACAGCAACUGAUAAACAGCAUGAAGUCUAGGCAGCUAAGGAAGAUGAUCCAGCAAACAUUUCAACAGUACGCAAUGCUCAAGGAGGACGACUGUAUGAUAAAGUUCUUCGAGACCCUCAAGACGUUUAUCAACUAUGAUGAAGAGGCCUUUCCAUGUGAACUAGUGCAAGGCUGGAGUCUGUCUGUGGAGCUGGUCAUUGGAGGAAGGGGCAUUCGGCAACGUUCUCAGAAGGAUUCAGCGGCGUUAUUCCUAACUGACUUCAAACAGAUAAAGAAAAUCCAGUGCUUGCCACAGAGCGACGGUAAGGCGCUCCUAAACAUCAGCGUCGAAGGCGCCAAACAAAACCUGUCCAUUAGUGUGGCUACGGUCCCUAUGGCAGAGAACAUGAUGGAUCUCAUUGAUGGAUAUUAUCGGCUGGAAAAUGACACGGACGACAGCGUUAUUUACCGACCAAACAAAGACCACAACCCGGCACGGUCGUCCCUUCCUGACAUCCCCACAAGAGACCACAGCUCAGCCAGACACAGUAUGGGUUCUGAUAUUUAUUGUGAGAUUCUUGACGAGAGGCCAAAAUCAGCUGUGAAGUAUGGGAUUGAUAGAAGUGACAUUGUUCUGGGCCGAAUCCUCGGGGAGGGCUUCUUUGGCGAAGUGUACGACGGAGUGUACAAAAAAGCUAAUGGCGAAAGAGUCAACGUGGCAGUAAAGACCUGCAAGGACUGUUCACCAGACGUGAUGGAGAAAUUCAUGAGUGAAGCAGUUAUAAUGAAGAACCUGGAUCAUCCUAACAUCGUCAAGCUGAUUGGAAUCAUAGAGGACGAUCCUGUGUGGAUCGUCAUGGAGCUUUACCAGUACGGAGAGCUCGGUAACUACCUGACACAGAACCAGAACAAGCUGACGAACACAACCCUGGUGUUGUUCAGCCUGCAGAUCUGCAAAGCCCUUGUCUAUCUGGGAGGGUGCAACAUGGUGCACAGAGACAUUGCAGUUCGGAACGUGUUAGUUGCAAGCCCGGACUGUGUGAAGCUCGGAGACUUUGGUCUGUCCAGGUACAUCGAGGAUGAAGAAUACUACAAAGCUUCUGUUACUCGGUUACCGAUCAAGUGGAUGGCCCCAGAAUCCAUCAACUUUAGACGUUUUACCUCAGCUAGUGAUGUCUGGAUGUUUGCUGUGUGUAUGUGGGAGAUCAUGAGCCGUGGGCAGCAGCCGUUUUUCUGGCUGGAGAACAGAGACGUGAUUAACCAGUUGGAGCAGGGCAUCAGGUUGCCCAAACCAGACAACUGCCCUCCUGCUCUUUACUCACUCAUGACGCGCUGCUGGUCCUACGAUCCCGGAGAGAGACCCAGUUUCACUGAGCUUGUGAUCAAGAUCAGUGACGUCCACAAGAUGGAGAAGGAGGAAGCGGUAGAGAGAGAAAGAGACAGAGACAGAGUACGCACCACUAAGUUUUUUGAACCAAUGGUGAACUUUGCAGGAGCUCCCCCCAAGCCCUCAAGGACGAAGCCAAGCCGGUUUGGGAACACGCUCAAUAUCGGUCUACAUAUUCAGCUGAAUGAGGCUCUGUGUGCCAGCUCACCUGACCUGGCCAGCCCCUGUGAAUACCAAUCCCCGAUUGACUCCAGAAACACGCUUGCCCUGCCAGUUAGGUCCCCCCGUCGCCUCAGCUUAGGGGAGGGCGAGUUUCUGCAAACGGAGCCAAACAGUAGGAGGGACGCCCAGCAGCUGUGGCAGAAGGAGAGACAACACAUGCAGGACACUCUGAAGCUACAGAAAGAGCAGAUGAUGGAAGAUAGGAAGUGGCUGGAGAAGGAGGAGCGACUCCUGGUGGGAAACAGAGCAUCGCUAGCUUUUGUCAAUCCCCUCUCUGUGUCCCUGUGUUCCUCUGCUCACCAAUUCAAUGUUACCGUGGAACCUGACCGGAACAAGGCACCUUUGAAUAUAACCGAAACUCUUGUUCAGCCUCGAUGCCCCACUAAUAUUAGAUUGAAUGUCCCCCUGAUAACAGUACAAAAGAGAGGCCCCAUGUCUUUAAUCUGUAAAAUGAACCUGCCUGUUCUCUUGCAGGACCCCAUGGGACAAGAUGGCACUCCCAGCUCAAGGCCAACUGAAGAUGAAACUGAGCACGCUCCACCUGAGAAACCCCCACGACUCAAAGCACAGGCUGCUCCCACAGCAGAGAUUGACCGCUCUGAUGAUAAAGUAUACCAGUACGUUAUGGACCUGGUCAAAGCUGUUGUCCAAUUCAAGAAUGACAUCGCCGAGCUGAAGCCAGAACAAUACAUCACCAUCGUCAAGUCUGUUGGGAUGGCCUUAAGGGAUCUUAUCCACAGCGUGGAUGAUGUGCUGCCCAGUUUACAUGAGUCGGUCAGGACUGAGAUCGAAGGUACCCAGAAGCUGCUCAACAAUGACAUGGCCGAGCUGAUCAAAAAAAUGCACCUGGCCCAGCAGAACGCCAUCACAUCUUUAAAGGAGGAGUGCAAGAAGCAGAUGCUGGCCGCUGCACACACUCUGGCCAUGGAUAGCAAGAACAUGUUGGAUGCUGUGGACCAAGCAAGAGUCAGGGCAAAUAUAGCCAAGCCAGCGGCCCCAGAGUGAACUGCUUGUUUUCUGGUUUCUCUAACCGACUUUUACCAUGUCUGUAGUCGUAUUCGGGCCUUUUCAGAUAGUUUUGUAUUAAUAAGUAUGAGCCAACUGCAGCCUCUUGUUCUUUGGAGAACAAUCAUGUUUAAAUUUGAUGUUGCUGAUUAGCAAAGUGAGACGGUCAAAGAGUUUAAGUGUAAUGAUCUGAUUUUUAAGCAGCAGAGCAGGGUCACUCAGACUCCAGCAUGGACAUGGUCAAAGACUACGACGAGAUAUUCAUUCCUCUGCUGAAAAUUAAAAAUCUUUGUAAAUAC